UCCUCUCUUCUAUCAAAUCCUCCAGCUUGAAACCCUAAUCCCCUCCCGCGCGCCAAACCCUAGCAAUCUUGAUCCGUCCCUUUCCGCGAGACCCUUCUGCCGCCAUGGCCGCUGCAGACGCCGUGGCACCCGACGACGGCGAUCACGCCGUUCUCCGCGACGACGAGCGCGGGAUCCCUCGAUCCCUUUCCCUCCUCGCCGCGCUCGUGGAGGCCGAAGCCCUCUGCCACGCCACCGCCGCCGACGCCGACGCCGACUCCGACCUCAUCCGCGCCUUCCGCGGCGGCGCGACGCCCACCGUCCGGAUCGGUGAGUUCCUUGAGCGCAUCCACACCUUCAUCCAGCAGGAGAGCGUCCGCCAUGUGAUCGAGAUCCAGGGCGCGUGCUACGUUCUCGCCGGGAUCUACCUGAUCCGGUUCAUACGCAGCGGCGCCGCGCGGGAGGCGGGGAUCCUCAUCGACCCGUCCACCGCGCACCGACUCGUCGCCGUCGCGAUCUUCGUGGGCGCCAAGUUCGGCGGGCCCAUCUACAGGCUCCCGACGAGGUGGACCGUGGUGUUCGAGACCAGCUCGGACGCCGCGAUCCGCGCGAGGGAGAUGGCCGGCCUCGAACGGCGCUUCCUUAUUGCCGUCGAUUACCGCCUGUUCGUCCGUGCCGACCAGUUCGACUGGUUCUGUCGUGUCCUGGAGCGAGGGCCGCGGCCAAGCGGGAGAUGCGGCGGCGGCGGUGCUGGCAGGAAGAGGACGGCGGCGGAAGCUGUGGAGGGAGAAGCGGAGGAUGGCCGCCGCCGCGUCCGGGCCUCCCUGCCGCCGCCAUCUGUCGUCGCCAACUAGGACCACGAUAUCUGCAUCCACAGGUUCAAUUAUAUUUACAUAAUGUAUUUUCUUUUGCUGCUUCUUGUCUAUCAGUUGUUUGCAGGUGGCAAGGGUGGAGAAGAUGCAGUUGGCGUUGGAAGAGUUUGAUCAGACGAGGCAAGGGUGGAGAAAAUGCAGCCGGCGUUGGAAGAGUUCGAUCAGCGGCCAUCGUCGGAGUAGAGUGUAAAAAAACCAGUUUUAAUCGUAGGAUGUUUAGAAACUGUUAACUCUGUCAAAUUCUAUCAAUCCCUGUGUCUUAGAUUUCCAUCUUAUUGGAAGUAGAUAAAGAAAUGCAGGGGCAACGCCAUGUUGAGCUUGCCGAGUGCACAGGCACCAGGGAAAAAUUUAGCUUUUAGUUAUUAGCAUCUAAUCUCCACCUUUUGUGUACUCCCUAGAAAAAAAAAUAUGUGCACCACCUUCAGCUGCCUAGCAGGCUGCAGGCAGCCCAUGAAGGCCCAAGAAAGAGGGAAAAUGAAAAGCCGCGACACGUCCCUCGCCGCCUCGCGCAAAAUGCCCAGACCGACGCCCCCAAAUCGCAGAACGGCGGAAGCCGGAAGCAGCGGAGCGGAGGCACUGCACGGCGCACCCACUUGCCAUGAUCGCUGGCCACCGGCUAACCGCUCAGGCGCUCAGCACGGCAGGGUAGCACGCCUCAUCGAGCAGGAAUCGCUGAUUGCAGGUUGCGGCAUCAAGGCAUCAAGCCCUCCACGUCUGCAUUGUGAUGGGUUUGCAAUUGGGGCUAUAGUUUUGCUUAUUGAAAAGAAGGUCUAAAGAAUUUGGCGGGACUUGAGGACCAGGAGUUUUAGUACUGAAAUCAUGUCAAUAUGUUUCAAUCUGGGUUCUGAAAUGGAAGCCUUUGGUGUAUGGAAUUUGUAUCAAUCUUGGACACUGGAAUGGAAACCUCUCUUGGUGUGGUUUUGAGAUGUGUUUGAUGGAGCCUCUCGAGAAUGAAACUCUACUUUUGUCAUCAUAAAAAAUUUCUGAUGAUUCUUAUUCCUCUUACUGGUUGAUGCCUGAAGCAAUGAAUGAAUAUGAACCAGAGGAAUGUGAACGAAUCUUCAGGGGCGCCGGCGUUGUCUGGUUUUGAAUUUCCAGAUAGCAUUGAUAAUGCGCUCAGCUGCAUCGACACAAGCUGUUUGAUCUGUCUGUCCGCAGGUUAAGUUCCAGAAGAUAUCAGCACUGAACAUUGUGCUUUGCAGCAGAAGCGAGAUAUAGUACUAUACUUUUGUCC